AGUCUAAACAAUGAUAUUUGAGCUCUUCUGUACAAAAAUACAAAUACUGUGUUCAUAUUACAGCCUUUCUGCAGUUAGAAUAAUGUCAGGUUCAAUUGCAGUCCUGCUCAGUAUUUCUGGGCAGUCCCCUUUAGGCCUGAAAUCUGUGGGUGUGGGGGUGUGUUUGUUUUUGAAAGGCCAAGGAAAAUUGUGACAUCUGUUUUACGAAGGUGUAAGAAUACUUCUCCCAUUUAAAAGCUAUCAAUCACUUUGUUCAGAAGUCAAGAUACCUGAGCUUUGGAAACUUGGUGUGCAACUAAUCUUAAUGAAAGAAUUGGUCCACAACCAAGUAUGACACACACAGGCUACUAAUUAAAUUAAGGUCAACAGAAAAAUGACUACUGCAAGUGUACAAUCGAUAUCUUUAAUGUUUGUGCCUUAGUCGCUGUGCAUGUCUCUUUUCAUAAAUGCACACUUAAGUACGGAAAGUGGCUUAACUUUUCAACAUGUCACCUUUUAGCUUUGCUUUUCCUAAAAAACAAAACAACACAAAUGAAAACCACGCGCUGGGGCUGAAUUGAAUACUACUUACAGCAGUGCAAAGAUAGCAUGGUAACAAUGAAAGAUCAGGAAAUGCAAAAACCUAGAAUUCCUACACCAAUAACUCUGAUACUUAUAUGCAAUAUUUUAUAUUUCUAUAUGUGCAUUGUGGCCAAGCUAGCGUUGCUAUAGGAACCAUUGCUUUUAUAUACCCUGACUUUUAUUGUAACUCUGCAGUCUCAAUGUCACAUUACGAUGCUUUUUGGAUCGUAUUAGUUACUUGAAUACAAACAUAAUUGGUACUGUAUAGGCUAUGUUUGCCCUGAGGAACAAAGUCUAGUGCAUUAACAAAUAAAGAGUUAAAAUGCAUAGGCCAGCAGGUGCAAGUUCUACAUGGUGUGUGGAAUCUGUAAAUGUCCUUCAGAAGCUUGCAGAAGAAAUAUACUCAGGUACCAAAUAAUGCCCAUCUCCUGAGAGGAAGACUAUUUCUAGAACCCUGCAAAUCUGCAGAUAUCCGGUUGAUAUCUGCAUUCGCAGAUGUGGAUUUUUGCAACUUGAGGAUGGAAGUGGAUCCAAAUUUUAUAUCUAAAGCCCUGCAAAUCUGUGGCUAUCGGCAUCGUAUCCAUGGAUGCGGAUAUCCGCUGGGCAUGCUUGCGGAUCAUGGAUCAGAUGCGGAUACAUAUUUUGUAUCCGCACAGAGCUCUAACUAUUUCAGAGUAAAGGGCAAAGGAGAAGUGGUUGGAAAGCAGCCUAAUAUUUUGGGAUGAUUGCAAAACCAACGUUGCUCAGUGUAGGUCUGAUGAAUAGCAAUCAGAAUGGGAGAUUCAUAGAUCUGUGUGCUUCUGAUUUGACCUUAAAAAAAAAAUAAAAAAAAUUGCAGUCUCCAGUUUCACUCUCUUCUGAUUUAUUUCAGGAUGAGCAGUAUGUCUGCUUUGUUUCAGUUGUCCAUGUGGAUCAGGAAUUGCCACAAUUACUUUACAGAAAAUGUUGGUAUGCCAGUUUGGGGAUCAUAUGCUAUUUUUGCAUUGGCAACUCUGUUUUCAGGACUGAUACUUGGACUUAUCAUGGUAUUUUUAGCAGACUGUCUCUGUCCAUCCAAAAGGCACAGACCGCAGCAGCACCACUAUCAAAAAAAAUUAGCACCAGAAUCAGCCCGGCUCUUGAAAAAACUGGAUGAAGAACAAGAAGCAGAUGAGGAGGAUCUUUCAGAUGAUGAAGCAGAGGAUAAAGAGUUAGCAGACAGAAACUCUUCAACAAAUGCUGUAAGACAGCGUCCUGUGAACCUUGCUGCUGCCACAGAUAAAUCCUAGUUCCAUGUACUUGAGAAACAAAAAGGGUGGAAUGUACCAGAACCUUCUGCUUGAAGAGAGGUGGAACUCGUAUCACUGUAGUGUUCGCUCAUCACUUUCAGAGAAAGCUACCUUUUAAAAAAGUAUCUGUGGCAUCAGGUAUUCAAAGCUGAAACUUGAUAUUGCAAAUGGCGAAACCCAAUACCAUAAGUGUGUGGAUUGGUGCUAAGAAAUAGUUUGUAUGGCUUUCUGAAUGACUCAUUCUGUGGUUAAGUUGUACUAAAUGCAAAACUGGUGUAUUUGCAGUAUUAGAGAAUAUUAGCAAGGCAAAUGCACUAACCUGUUUGUCUGCUAGAGCAUCUGAAAAGAUUUCUCAUUGUAAAUCUUUCCAGUUUCGCUCUGAAGAAAUGCUGGAAAAAAUUCCUCAAGUUAUGGGACCUUAGCCCAAUUUUUGUGGUAAAAAUGUUCACUGUUCUGUUAGGUAUGACAUUGAGUGCUGCAAAAAAAUUUCUUUACACCAAUAAUGCAAACUAAGGGUAUCCUCUAAUAAAAAGUAAGGCGAUGAGACUAAUAUGGGACAUUGGAGUUUUAAAAACUGAAGAGUGGCUUGUUAAUGCCAAUCAUGCAUUGGCCUGAUAUUCAGCAUUGCCCUGUUAUGAAACUUGAGUCUUCCCUUCUAAUGUGGACCAUAUUACUCUUUCCCCUCUCUUUUUAACCAAUUUUCAUCCUCUGUGCAGUAGGUAAAUCUUGUAUAUCCCAGGCUGGAGGAAAAACUACAAAUACGACUUAAAAAUAUGAUUUGAAGAAAUUUAAUUUCUUGGUGGCUUUUCUCCUUCUGAACUCUUGAGUGGAAAGGUAUUUUUCUACUCUUACAGUCAAAUAAAAAAAUGCUUCAUUUUUUUUAUUUGGAUGUAUCCUAGAUAACUAAAGUAUACGAGCAUGUGUUAUAGGUGAAGAAAGCAGGCUGCCUGAUCUUCCACGUUCAAACAGAAAUAGCACACUCUCUCCUGUUAAACAUUUAGUGUGAAAAACCUCGCUUAAAAUAGUUACUCUUGCCAAGUCCUAAGUUGAGACAUUUCCAGAGUUUUGUGUUCAGAGCAUCUCAUUUUCUGCUGUUUUUAUUGUGCAGAGGACAUUCAGCACUGUGUCCCGGCCUAGAGGCACAAGUUUUCUUUUCAAAUAUCACAGGCCUUGUGGUUGCUUGCUUUCCAGGGCCACUAUAAUGAAGCUACUGUAUUUAUUUUCACUUCUGCUGCAUUACAGCACGGAUAAGUCUAACCUUCUUAUUAAAACAAAUGGAAAGCUGGUUCUCAGGAGUUAAAGAAAUGAUUUCCAUAGGAAUGGUCAGCAAUGAUCUCUUUUCCAUGGUAGUAUGCACACUCCAUUCCCUGUGCUCUGAUCCAGUAAAGAGUUUGCCUGCUUCAUAUUAGCUUAAGGAACUGUUUGUUUUUUUAGUGAUAUCUCAUGGAAACAGAACCUUUAAUAAAACCUAAAAGAUAAUAUGCUAUAAAACAAACUCUUUGAAAUAGUCCUAAGCAUUUUCUGUGACUAUUUAAAGCUUUUGUGGCUUUCAGUUAAGACAGUGAUGCUCCAUAUCAAUCUGUUGAAAUGAGUAAUCUUGACUACAGUGUCUUCUGACCUCAUAGUCACCCUACUGUAGUGAAAGCUGAGAACAGCAAAGGCCAGUACCUAUAAUUAUUCAACCGCAAAAUGAAGGUCCCUCAUGUGCAUUGUGAAGCUAAUACGAAAUCCCUCUCUCGCAUUACACAGAAAUCUCUUGUCAGUUGCAUUGCCUCUUUUUAACAGGAGUAGAAGGCUCUUAAAUGCCCCAAAGGAGAUACACAAGUUCUGAGCUUCUCAAUGAAACGUGUAAUUCUUCUACUCUGAAAACUGAUUUCAAAUGGCAUCUGGCAAUUCCCUGUCUGUCUCAAUGACUCCAGCUCAAACUGGCUUAGUUUACAAAUAGCGUUUUCUGCCUAAGUGCCAGUUCCAUCAGUUCAUCCUGCUGUAUGGAACUAAAGCUGUCAUGAUUCAACCACAUCUUCUUAUGAGCAUGGUUGUGUGCCUACUGUAUACUUCAAGGAACAUGUGUCACCCUGAAAUUUUUUUAAAAUUGACUAAUUUACAAAAAGUCCAGUUUCUUAGAGUGCCAUUUUAAAUGCUAUGCCCUGAAAUUAAUAUAUCUCCUUAUCCUUCUAAGGGUUUUUCUGUUUUUAUAUAUAUCUAUAUAUGUAUAUCUGUGUGUGUUAAUACUGGAAUUGUGUAUUAGCGAGCCAAAGAAAAUGAAGAUUUCUGUUGCUAACUUCUGAAGUGGUGAUUGCAAGUGAAAGAUUGCUGUGUAUAGUAGGUGCAGCAUUUUCAAACAAAUGUGACUCCGUUCUUGCUAGUCCUCAUCUUAGUGAAUUUGCGGUGCUAGCAGAUUAAACAUCUUUGUCAUUUGCAAACAGUAAAUUUGGUCUGGAACCACUGAGAGGCUCCACUAAUGGAAAUACUGAUGCCAUUUUUAAUUUUUCACUGCAAAUUGGCACUUUGAAGCCAGAAAUGUUUUAACAAUAUUACUAAUUACUUCAACAGAGAACAAGUAGCUAUUAAUGAAUGUCCAAGGGAUGUGGAGUAGUAACAUCACAACAAACUUGCUCAGCAUUUGCAAAUAUUGCUGUUGAUUUAAUACAUUGAAAGUCAUAAGGGAGGGACAGCUUAAGUGUCUAAGUCAUGUCUUGAGAAGAUUUCUUGGCAAUAAAUAACACAAAAUAUGCAUUUGUGUGUCAGUCAGAUCUUUAAUCAACCUGCAUACUGUGAUGGGAAAACAUGAGUCAACUCACCAGAUAUAUUCUGCUGUCAAACAAAUCCUCCAGGGAAAUUCUCACAAGAAAAUGAUCAGCUAUAAAACGUGUCCUAGUACUUCCUAUUAGUCUUUUUUAUUUAUCUUUGGUGCUGUUGGUUUGAUUUAUCCUAAGCAAAAAUAUUUUCCAUUCUGUGUUGGCACUUGUGCUGUUACCUUAGUAAAAGUGUAACUACAACAAUGUAAAUCAAAUCUGUUUUGGUCAACUUUUUAGAUGAAUCUGUUCCUACAUUUUAAAAUAUCAAAAUGAGUGUAGUGUGUGAAAUGAAGUGUAUAUCCCAUAUAAUACCCUUAGGAUGUUUUUGUGGGAAUUGCCUUAAAUGCUGUAGAGUCUAGCUCACUGUCUGUUAUCAGUAAAAUAAAGCAAUAAUGUAUGAUGUACUAGAAAGAAGCAGCACUUUAUUUGAUAAGUGGCACGCUUCAUUCAGCAGUGAAACUUGCACUUAAUUUUGGAGAGGAUUUGAGAGAAGGCAAAGGAGGCGGAUAGAGCUGCAUGUUCUCAAUAUGGAAAAGUGCUUAUUCUAGAUUUGAAAUACAGUUCAACAUAGCCUUCUGUAUGUCUAAAUGUAGCUGCUGCUUGCAGAUGUUAGUUUUAAACAACUAAAUUUGUAUGAUAUAUAAAACAUAUUCUUGAUCUUUUUUUUGCCAAUUUACACUGAUUUUUCUUCACUUAAAAGCUGUGUUUUCUUGUUAAAGUGACCACACUCUAGUGUUUCUCUUGCCAGGGUAACACUUGCGUAACUUGUCUUUGAUUUUUUUCCACCUUUCCGAACACAUUCCUGCUCUACAGGCAAAUGAUUGAACUAGUUCAAAAAUUGCCUCUCAGACAUAAGAGUAAUUUAUUCUGAGUUGUGUGAAUCCUGAUUUAGUGUCGCAGAGCUUGCAUUUGUGCUUAUUGUUGUUUGUGCAAAUGCUGUGUUUAGAGAUCAUAGGCCAGCCUCAUGUACUUUUGCUCACCUUUGUAAAUCUUACGGUCAUACUUUCACAAUGCACUGGUUUGUUCUGUGAACAUUUCUUCCUUUCAUCUGUACCGAAUUACUGCAUUCCCAAGGUUGUUUAUCGAGGCUUACUAGCCUAAGCUUGCAAUGUAACAAAGGUAUGUGAACAAGAACCUGUCCUUUAUAUCUGUUUGUGUUCAUAAUGUUUGAAUAUCGAUUUUAUAAAAGUCAGACUACCCUUUUCAUUCUAUUGGGGAUUGAUUCCUGUUUUCUUAGUGAAUUUUGAACACACAUUUUGGGUUAGCUCCAUUUUCCAGUGUCAAAGCAAGGCUAAGCAGCCAUUGUCAAUGCAAAAUAAUACUUACAUUGUAACAAUACAAUUAAUAAAAUAGUUCUGACUGUG